GAGAGAGAGAGACCAAGACCACGACCACGCGGACCGGGGGCACAGACGGCUGGUGCUUUGCGGUAAGAGACGACCUGUUGCAGCAGUUCAGCGUCUCUCGGCCACUUCAUCGAAACCUUCGGUCCAGUGAGGAUUUGUUUCCACGUAGAAGGAACUUUUGGAUUGCGCGUGCGUGCCAGAGUGCGAGCUCUCCGAGCUCCCCGGCACCAUGAGUUGGAGCUUCCUCACGCGCCUGCUGGACGAGAUCUCCAACCACUCCACCUUCGUGGGGAAGAUCUGGCUGACGGUGCUCAUCGUCUUCCGCAUCGUGCUCACGGCCGUCGGCGGGGAAACCAUCUACUACGACGAGCAGAGCAAGUUCGUCUGCAACACGCAGCAGCCCGGCUGCGAGAACGUGUGCUACGACGCGUUCGCGCCGCUCUCGCACGUUCGAUACUGGAUCUUUCAGGUGAUCAUGAUCACCACCCCCACCAUCAUGUACCUGGGCUUCGCCAUGCACAAGAUCGCCCGCAUGGAAGACAGCGAGUACCGGCCCGUCCGGACCAAGAAGAAGAGGAUGCCCAUCGUCAGCCGCGGGGCCGUUCGGGACUACGAGGAGGCCGAAGACAACGGCGAGGAAGACCCCAUGGUCGCCGAGGUGAUCGAACAAGACAAACCCGAUAAGGCCGAAAAAAGCUCGGAGCGAAAGCAUGACGGCCGCCGGCAGAUCAGGCGCGACGGCCUCAUGAAGGUCUACGUCGGCCAGCUGCUGUGGCGCACUGCCUUCGAGGUCGCCUUCCUCUUCGGCCAGUACGUGCUGUACGGCUUCGAGGUGAUCCCCUCCUACGUCUGCACCCGCUCGCCGUGCCCGCACACCGUGGACUGCUUCGUGUCGCGCCCCACGGAGAAGACCAUCUUCCUGCUGGUGAUGUACGUCGUGUCCUUCCUCUGCCUGCUCCUCACCAUCUUCGAGAUCGUCCACCUGGGCGUCGGCGGCAUCCGCGACAACUUCCGCUGGCGGGCCGCGCAGGGCUCUGGCGCCCCGCCGCCGCCGCCGCCGUCCUCCUCUCGCAUGGCGGCCACCGCGCCGCCGGGGUACCACGCCACCAUGAAGAAGGAGAAGCUGAAGGGAGAUCUGAGGGACUCGCCGAUCGGCGACUCCGGCCGGGAGAGUUUCGGGGACGAGGGGCCCUCGUCCAAGGAGCUGGAGCGGUUGAGGAGGCACCUGAAGCUGGCCCAGCAGCACCUGGACCUGGCCUACCAGGCGGAUGAAAGAAACCCUUCACGAAGCAGCAGCCCCGAGGUCAACGCGGCUGCGCAGUCGGCCGUCGAGCAGAACCGCCUCAACUUUGCCAAGGAGAAGCAGGGGGAGGCCAGCGAGACAGGAUUACAUGCCUGAACGUGCUUCCUGCCCCAAACGUCUGUUCUUCCAUUCCUACUGGCCUUACACAUGGGGGGGAGGGGGAGGGGAGGGGGUGCACACAUUGGAGUGCAGUCAGACCACUGAGGGAGACCAAAGCGUGUGUAUGUCUGUGCCCGUGUGGGUGUGUGGGUGUUUAUGGGGGGGGGGGUGGGAAUAUGCCUUUCAGUAUUCGAAGUGAGUCAGAAAAAGAUAUAAUAAUUGCUGACCCAGCUGUAUUGGAACAAAUGUUUCAUCUCCAAGACUCUAAACUUGAACGCCCGCCACAUCUCUAGUUUCUGCCUGCCGACCUACGUCCAAACCUCGACUGCCUUCGGCGAGGAACAUCGUCUCCGCCCUGUUCUUCCGCCCACUCUGUGGUUUUGUGGCCAUUCAAUAAUACUCGUCCACUUCGGCCCUUGUGAGAAUUCUCGACAAAGUCUCAAAAGAGAGGCUCCGUGUUUAUACAUCGUCGGCGAAUAUUAACGUCUCUCUUCGUCGGCCUCAGACUCUCGGUCGUGUCUUUUCUGGAGCGAGUGCAGAUGAGUCAUGUUUGAUUUAAACGGAUUUGAUGUCGUUUGGAUGUUCCUUGUCCACCAGCCAUUUCAGAAAUAUGAUGGAAUUUGAAGCCUGUUUUAUUUGCUCCAAUCGGCCCAAAAUGUUUACCUGGGAAAUGCUUGAAUUCUUUAUUGAAAGGGAAAUGUUCCAAGAAAUUUCCAAGAAUCCUUUUCUUGUACAAUCAAUUCAUAUAAAGCACUCCAUAUAUUUUUAUCAGUACCUGUUUUACUAUUUGUUGUCCGAGGCUCCAGAAGUUUAUUUUUGUUUUCUUGGUUUCAGAAGGAAUUGUUGGCGUCACUAAUGCCUCCAAUUUCACUGCAAUUCCGAAAAAGCAGGCUAUUGGAUGUUAGUAUAUCCCAUCGCUGUAAAUGAUCUCUAAAAAUGAUUGAUCACAAUGUUCAUCUUUGCAGAAAUCGAAAGAAUAAUUUCACAUUUUUGUUUUUUUUCUGCUUUUUUUGCUAACCGCUGGAAACAUCUGUCUUCUGCGCUUGCCGUCAACAAUGAAAUCUUUUUGAAAUUGACAUUCUUCUUUGGUGAGACAUAUUUUCCAUCCUUGAUGUGCACCACCAGCCCUCCGUUGUGCUGAAACAUGGACGCUUUCAUGCAUCCUGAAGAAGAAAAAACCCCAAAAGGAUGACAGUUGGCUGCUCACACGCAGCCAUGUAAACACAUAUAAUGGUGGGGCUUUUGAUCAAUAGCUUUCAGUGUUCAUACAGAGUUCACACUUUUUUCAUAGCCUGUCGGAUGGUUUUAUGAUCUUUGGCGGAAAUAAUGAAAUUGCAUUGCCAGAGAGCCUUUUUGAUGCUGUAUUUUUGUAAUCAUCUCACUUUUGCUACUUGUGGCAAGGUACGACAUUCCAUUUUGAAUAUGAUAUUUUGUCAAUGGAUAAAAUAUUAUUUUUUCUAUCGUAUGUUUUGUAGUUUUUGUAACUGUAGAGAUUAUUUUGUUUUCAGAGGAAAUAAAUAUAUUUGAACGUUA